ACUAACCUUUGAACCUUCACUCCGGACAGAGUAACUUAACUGACUGAACUGCUUCUUUUCCCUGGAAACAAACAGAAAACAGCGUCCCCCCAUUUUCCCUGAAACCAAACUCACUUAACGAAUGGACUCCCUCAAGUCUACCUUCCUCUCCAGCACAACCCAUCUCUACCCUUCAUUUCCCCUCUCAAAACUGCCCACAACGAACCCCAAAAUCCCCGUACACUCCUCAAUCCAUCCGGACCCGUUUACCCUCAGCGACGGCAACCCAACACAACCGAAACCCAAAUCCAGAAACCCAAAAAGACCCCUCUCCGACGACAACGCUCGUCGAAUUAUAAACAAAAAGGCCCAAUAUUUGAGCGUGUUGAGGCGUAACCAAGGGCCACGCGCCAUGACUCCGAAAUGGAUAAAGAGAACGCCUGAGCAGAUGGUAAACUAUUUGGAAGAUGAGAGGAAUGGGGAGUUGUAUGGGAAGCAUGUCGUGGCGGCAAUAAAGGCGGUGAGAGGGAUGGGAGAGAGGAAAGAAGGGGAAGUUGAUGUGAGGAGGGUGAUGGGGAGUUUUGUUGGGAAGUUGAGCUUCAGGGAAAUGUGUGUGGUUUUGAAAGAACAGAAGAAUUGGAGGCAGGUUAGGGAUUUCUUUGCUUGGAUGAAGUUGCAGUUAUGCUAUCGCCCGAGUGCUAUUGUUUAUACAAUUGUUUUGCGUGCUUAUGGACAAGUUGGGAAAAUCAAACUGGCUGAACAGACCUUCCUGGAGAUGCUUGAAGCAGGAUGUGAACCUGAUGAAGUUGCUUGUGGUACCAUGUUGUGUACAUAUGCUAGAUGGGGGCGUCACAAGGCUAUGUUGUCCUUUUAUUCUGCCGUUCAAGAAAGGGAAAUUACACUCUCAACUGCUGUUUACAAUUUUAUGCUGUCUUCUUUGCAGAAGAAAUCACUCCAUGAAAAGGUCAAAGAUUUAUGGAGGCAAAUGGUGGAUAAAGGGGUGGCAGCUAAUAGGUUCACUUAUACUGUAGUAAUCAACUCACUUGUUAAAGGGGGGCCUUUUGAAGAGGCUCUCAAGACUUUUGAUGAGAUGAAGAAACAUGACUUUGUCCCUGAGGAAGCAACUUAUAGCCUGCUUAUUAGUUCACAAACUAAAGAUGGUAACUGGCAGGAUGCACUAAGAUUAUAUGAAGAUAUGAGAUCCAGGGGAAUAGUUCCAAGCAAUUACACAUGUGCAUCACUUUUAACUUUGUAUUAUAAGAAUGAAGAUUAUUCAAAAGCUCUAUCUCUUUUUACAGAGAUGGAAAGAAAUAAAAUUGGAGCCGAUGAAGUUAUAUAUGGCUUGCUUAUUAGAAUAUAUGGAAAACUUGGGCUUUAUGAGGAUGCGCUGAGAACAUUUGAAGAGAUUGAGCGGCUUGGUCUACUUAGUGAUGAGAAAACAUAUUUAGCAAUGGCGCAAGUCCAUCUUAAUUCAGGAAAUGCUGAGAAAGCUCUGGCUGUUAUUCAAAUAAUGAAGUCUAGAAACAUUUGGUUCUCAAGAUUCGCUUAUAUUGUUUCAUUGCAAUGUUAUGUCAUGAGUGAAGAUCUGGAUUCCGCUGAAGCUACAUUUCAGGCUCUAGCUAAGACUGGACUUCCAGAUACUGGUUCUUGCAAUGACAUGCUCAGACUGUAUAUAAGACUCAACUUGACUGAAAGGGCCAAGAAUUUUAUUGUCUGGAUAAGGAAAGAUCAAGUAGUUUUUGAUGAGGAGCUUUAUAGGGCAGUUGUAAGAAUAUAUUGCAAGGAGGGAAUGCUAGAAGAAAUUGAGCAAUUGACUAAAGAGAUGGGCACUAAUGAUUCAUACAAAGAUAACAAGUUUAUUCAAACAUUUUUUAGAGCUAUGUGUGGAGAAUACAUGGAAAAUCAGAAAGUUAAAGUCAAUGUGGCCUCCAACCAACUUGACACCACAGCUCUUGGAUACUUACUUAGGCUCUAUCUGGAAUGUAAGGAUUUUGGUAAGACGGAGGAAAUAUUGAAGUUGUUGCUUGAGACUGCCAAUAGCAUGUCUGCAUUGACUCAACUUGCUAGCAACUUAAUGAAAGAAGGUGAUAUAUCCAAAGCAAAAGCUCUUAAUGAUCAAGUGGUCAAGCUAAGUUGCAGUGGGGAUGAUGCAACAAUUGCAUCUAUGAUUGGUCUAUAUGGGAAGGAACAGAACCUAAAACAGGCCCAAGAUGUCUUCACUGCAGUUGCAGAUUCUUCCACUUGUGGGAAAUUGAUAUAUAACUCAAUGAUUGAUGCAUAUGUUAAAUGUGGUAAACCUGAGGCGGCAUAUUCACUGUUCAAGGAAGCAAUCAAGAAAGGGCAUGAUCUGGGUGCUGUUGCCAUCAGCAAAGUUGUCUACUCUUUGACUAAUUUUGGAAAACAUCAAGAGGCAGAAGAGUUGAUACGUGUUAGUUUUCAGGAUAAUUUGGGACUUGAUACUGUGGCAUACAAUACAUUUAUCAAGGCAAUGCUAGAAGCAGGUAAAUUACGUUUUGCAACCAGCAUUUAUGAGCGUAUGCUUUCCAUGGGAGUUACUCCAUCAAUUCAGACAUACAACACAUUGAUUAGUGUCUAUGGACGAGGUCGUAAGCUGGACAAGGCAGUUGAGACCUUCAACAUGGCUCGCAACUUGGGUGUAGCUUUGGAUGAGAAGGCAUAUAUGAAUCUUAUCUGCUAUUAUGGGAAGGCUGGUAAGAGGGAUGAAGCUUCCUCAUUGUUCAGUAAAAUGCAAGAAGAAGGGAUAAACCCAGGAAUGGCAAGCUACAAUAUUAUGAUGAAUAUAUAUGCCAGGGCUGGACUAUGUGAUGAAGUUGAGAAACUUUUUGAAGCCAUGCAGAGAGAUGGUUGCUCGCCUGACUCCUUCACCUAUCUUUCCCUUGUUCAGGCUUAUACUGAGUGUUUGAAAUAUGCAGAAGCAGAGCAAACUAUAAAAUCUAUGCAAAAAAAGGGCAUCUCCCCAACCUGUGAUCAUUUUAAUCACUUACUGUGUGCUUUUGCAAAAGUAGGGAUGACAAGGGAAGCAGAGAGGGUUUAUAGGGAACUAGUAACAGCUGGCCUAAGUCCUGACCUGGCAUGUUAUCGCACCAUGCUGAGAGGUUACAUUGACUAUGGAUUGGUGGAAGAAGGCAUAGACUUUUUUGAGCAGAUCAGGGAUACUGCAGAGCCAGAUAGGUUUAUCAUGAGUGCAGCUGUGCAUAUUUACAAGCAUGUGGGAAAGGAAACUGAAGCUAAAAGUAUCCUGGAUUCCAUGAAUAAUUUAGAGAUCCCAUUUUUGGAAAGCCUUAAAGUUGGAUCCAAGAUGAAAGUCCCUUGAUCUUUAAGAGUAUCAUUUUAGCACGACGCAUUGGAUUCUGAUAUUCAUUUCUCGUUGACACCUAGCUUACUUCUUCUUUGGAAGAAGGCCAUUAAUUACCAGUGUGUGAUAUUUGUCACUGUGCUGACUUAAAGGAAUGACUUCUGUCCUGGACAUUGUUGCUCCAUAUUGAGUAAGUGAUAUGUGGCUUUGACAAAGUGAGCUAAAAGAAUGACUUGGUUGAAGUUGAGAUUGCUGCUUAAUCAUUCCAUUGUCAUGAAGCAUCAUUGGUAUGGACAUUGUAGUCUCAGGCAAUUGCAGGUCUCCUUUUAAAACUACCUUUACAACUAUUUUGGAACAGCAUCAGGUUAGCUUCAAUAAACAGUGUUAAUCUGCUCCUUCGAGUUGUCAAGUGUUGUGCUUCUUGAAGAUAUGGUUUAGGUAGCUGAGUUUAUUGAUCUAUGCUAUUUGAGGGUCUUGCUGCUGAAUCAAAACACUCAAAAGAAAGCUAAAUGUCUUGUUUCAGUUCAUUCUAAGGUCUGAUGAAGAAAGAUUCUUUGUUGCCUUCUCCACGAACCUCUAGAGGUCAAACAGAGCUGGCAGCCGCCCCUGCUCAAUGGAGGGAAGUUCUGGUUGGUGAUUUAAUAAAGUGAGGGGGGAAGGGGUUAAAGUAAUUAAGGAAGGGUAAUGUAUCAAAAAACUAGUUUUGGUGAUCAACUUUAUCAAAAAAUCAGUUUUUACCUUGCAAAAUGGGACAUCAUUGUCAAUUUGUAAGCUCAUAUUUAGGCGAUAGAAGUUCAAAAUGUCUUUCCUUUCAGGGGUUUAUCUUUGAUUUUGUUAUGGCAUAUACAUGUUACUUGAUGUGUUACCUUCUUAAUUUAAUAAAAUUAUUUGAGUUUUAUCUCUUGCUGAAGAAAGGGAUGGUGCUAAUGAUGCAUGAAAUUAUUAGUAGUACUAACCGGGUUGAUACUCUUGCUUACUUAUUGCUUUAACUAGUCAAAGAACAAAGGUAUUAUCUGUUCUAAAAGUAGGUUGAGACAAGUUGAUUCUAAAAGUAGGUUGAGACAAGUUGACCCACUGUCUCCUUUCCUUUUAUUUUUUGUCAAAACAUUUGUUCUUCCGUGCUUCCUAUCUUAAGCUGAAGCAGAGAACAAAAUGCAGGGAAAUUGUUUGAAGUAGGGGAGGAUUAAAACUUGAAAUUCACUAAUCUGCGGCUUGCAGGUGAUAGUGUCUGGACUUAUGUAAAAGAUUUGGGGAUGGACAUGUGCUUGAAAAGAUGCAGAGCAAGUUGGCAGGGUGGAUAGGAUAUAUUGCAUAACACCACACAACACGACAAAGAUGGAUCUGAGGAAAUCCUAUCACAGCAUCAUAUGCAUUUGCUUAUAA